CGUCACCGACCGCCACAGACGCGAUCACUGCUCUGACGACAUCCAGGUAUGCCCUUUUUUUCCCCUCUUUCAUCUUCUUCUCCUCCCCCACCUCUAACUCACCACAAUCCGAGAAGCCCCCAUCACCAGUGCCCGACACACAUACAUACACACAGAGCUCACAGCGCCAUUAGCUCCCAUCUCCACUCAACUGGACACACACCAGCACAAGUACACAACACUAGUCGGAGAAUUCGCAUUUCCAGUUCCGACAACCCGGACACUCCAGAAUCCAAAAAUUCCCAGAAAUUCCAACCCCAUUUCCUUUUUGGGUCCGUGGACCCGAAGGUGGUGAUGGACUGUCAACUUCUUUCUUUUAAUCGGGGCAGUGGUUUAUCUAAAUCUUACCAGAUUUGUCAUUUCCAGAAAAUUGGUUCUUGGAAAAACAUACCUUGUGGGUCUUGUUAUCUGGCUGGUGUAAGUGCAACUGCUCCAAAAUUUACCUUUGAGAAUGUCUUGGGUAAGAAAAAAUGGGUGGAUGGAAUAAGAGUAGAUCCCAAGGGAAAAAGAAAUUUAAAGGAUUUCAAGACAAAUUUGGAAGCUGCGAAGGACGAAGCAGAGAGCCCCUUUCCUCCAUCUCCUCCUCCUUCCAAGCAAAUCAGUGGCGUAGGCAACACAGGAUCACCUCGUAAGCCUAUUGGAUGCUCAAUGAAGUCUUAUAGGCUAUCCGAACUUACUCAGCCUGAGGUUGAUGGCCUCAAGGCUCGCCCUCGUAUUGAUUUUUCUUCCAUUUUCAGUGUGGUUCAACCCAUUGUUGAUGAUGUCCGCAAUAGAGGCGAUGCAUCUGUUAAAGAGUUGGAUUGUUUUGAUACGCCUCUUAGCUCCUGCAAUGGUGAGGCUCACUCUGAAAUGGUGCUUAUAUUUCUUGACAGUUAUACUAUGCGAUUUGACAAAGUUGAACUUGACAAGAUAGUGGAACAUGUCAAUGAACUUCCAGAUCCAGAGCUUGAUGCAGCUGUUCAAGAAGCUUUUGAUGUGGCAUACAGCAACAUAUACGCAUUUCAUUCCGCACAAAAAUCAGUUGAGCAAAGUGUGGAGAACAUGAAAGGUGUUAGGUGCAAACGAGUGGCAAGGGGCAUUGCUUCUGUAGGCCUUUAUGUUCCUGGGGGAACUGCUGUUUUACCUUCAACAGCUCUGAUGCUUUCAGUUCCUGCACAGAUUGCUGGGUGUAAAACUGUUGUGCUUGCAACUCCUCCCAGUCACGAUGGAAGCAUCUGCAAGGAAGUGCUUUAUUGUGCUAAGAAAGCUGGUGUGACGCACAUUCUUAAAGCUGGAGGUGCUCAGGCAAUUUCUGCGAUGGCGUGGGGGACAGCAUCUUGCCCUAAGGUUGAGAAGAUAUUUGGACCUGGAAAUCAGUAUGUCACAGCUGCAAAAAUGAUCCUUCAAAACAGCGAGGCAAUGAUUUCAAUUGACAUGCCAGCUGGACCAUCAGAAGUGCUUGUCAUUGCUGACAAACAUGCUAAUUCUGUUCAUGUAGCAGCAGAUUUGCUUUCCCAGGCUGAGCAUGGGCCCGAUAGCCAAGUAGUUUUAGUAAUUGCUGGGGAUGGUGUGGAUAUAAAAUCUAUUGAGGAGGAAAUCAGCAAGCAGUGCCAACGCCUUCCAAGGGGAGAGUUUGCUUCUAAAGCUCUGAGUCACAGCUUCACUGUGUUUGCUCGCGACAUGGUUGAGGCAAUCGCUUUUUCAAAUUUAUAUGCACCUGAGCAUCUGAUAAUCAAUGUGAAAGAUGCUGAGAAGUGGGAGAGUUUCAUCGAGAAUGCAGGCUCAGUGUUUUUAGGGCAGUGGACUCCCGAAAGUGUGGGAGAUUAUGCGAGUGGGACGAACCAUGUCCUUCCAACCUAUGGUUAUGCCCGGAUGUAUGGAGGAGUGUCUUUGGACUCGUUCCUGAAGUAUAUAACUGUGCAGUCCUUGACAGAGGAAGGACUGAGGAACCUCGGCCCUUAUGUGGUGACCAUGGCUGAAGUCGAGGGGUUGGAAGCCCAUAAGAGAGCGGUAACCCUUAGGCUCCAGGACAUUGAAGCCAGAGCGAAGGUUUCUCAGAUGAGGUGAUGAUAUUCAUCAGCCUGCCCCCUUGUAUUUCAAUGUAUUUUUUAAGGAAGCCCUUUUGACUGACUGACCCAGAUAGCAAAAAAAAUUGUGUAGGACUAUGCAAAUAGAUUUUGUUCAACUGAAAUGUAGAAUUUCGUUUUUGAAGGUUUUGCUGGUUGUGAGAUAUACAUAAAAUUUUAAUUUUGUUUUUGAAAAUGGCUAGAUAUUUUUUCUCUUUCAUUAUUGAAAAAAUCUG